AUGAACAAAGUUUUGAAAUCUCAUAAACACAACAUCUCCGAUAUAAAUGAACUUCAAGCUACAUUAGACAGUAAAGCCGACAAGAACCAUACACAUAAAUCCUUCACUACUGUUAGAGCAGACGACAUAAUAUUGAACUAUACCCUUGGUUCAAGUGCACCAUUAGAAAAUCCAAGUACAAGCGUAAAAGAUACACUAAACUCCUUAAAUAGUAAAUGUAUGAACAUUGAAGGUCAUGUCAGAAACUUUGAAACACAUGAACUACCAGCAAUGUUAGAUAAAAAAGCAGAUAAAGAACAUACGCAUAACUCCUUCUCAACUGUUGCUAUAGAAAGUAUUGAAGGAACGGUUGGCGGAACUGGUGGGGAUGCAUUAUAUUAUAAACCUCCUAACUUUCCACAAGGUUUAACAUCGAAUGAAAACAUAACAACGAAGAAAGAAAUUAGCUGUAAAAAUGUUUAUGUCAUGGACGAUGAAAAUAAUGUUAAAUUCACUGCUCAAGAUUUAUAUGAUAAUAAAGCUGACAAGAACCAUACACAUAAAUCCUUCACUACUGUUAGAGCAGACGACAUAAUAUUGAACUAUACCCUUGGUUCAAGUGCACCAUUAGAAAAUCCAAGUACAAGCGUAAAAGAUACUCUUAACAAUUUAGAUAACAGUUGCAGGAAUAUCGAAGAUCAUGCCAGAAACUUUGAAGCAUAUGAACUACCAACAAUGUUAGAUAAGAAAGCAGACAAAACAGAGCUUCAAACAUUAAAGACAGAAAUACUUCAAACAUUAUAUCCUAUAGGCUCUAUUUAUACGUCAAUGAACUCAACAAAUCCAGAAACAGUUCUGGGUUUUGGUACAUGGAAGCAGAUUGUAGAUAAAUUCUUAUACUGUGCUAGAUAUUCAAAGCAAACAGGAGGUUCGAAGAAAAUUAAAGAAGCAAACCUUCCACCGCACACUCAUACAGGAACUACAAACACAACAG